AUGCGCCCCGCGGAGACCCUGGCGCCUAAAACUGCGGGAGCCCAUGCCCUAUGCUCAGAGAGGGUAGCCACCCCUGGAGCCUUCCCGCAUCCGCGGCUCCUCGCCCGCCUUCAGGGACCGGCGUACCGCCGGCCGGGCGUACCUAGGAAAUCCAGCUUUGUGGACAAGCCCCAGUUUCCAUUUCCGCCUCCUCCUCGUCAGUCCAGGACCACACAGGUCUUCUCUGCCCCCGCGCUUCGGGGCCCCUCCGCGCUGCGCUCACCUGCCCUGUUUCGUAAUGAUCAUCUCGGUUUGGUGGCGGUGGAAUUUGAGCCACAGAGGCCGGUUGCACAGGAAAACAUUCCAACAUUAACCGGUCACCAGCGCUUCGCCUGGACUCUGGGCAAACGUCAAUGGGUUUUUUGUGGAAAACAGAAAAGUGAAUGCCAGAAUUGCAGGACAGCUGUUGAUGGGAACAACCACCAUGUAGCCACUGAGAAAUAUUAUCCUGAAAUCACUUGCACAUCACUAACAGGAUCAGCAGAAUCAAUGGAAAUUAAUGUUUCAACAGAAGGCACCUCUAUGAUGCAGGUGUGGCAGGAUGUCUACACAACAGGUGGGCAGAAUCAAAUCCUGUUGACCAGAGCUUCAGGUGACAUGGGCAGCUGGAAUCUCCCAUCCAGGCCCGAGCUGCGCGGGCCGCUGGUCCCACCUGGGCCUGGGCUGGGAUUUGGGGGACGUCGGGGCCCUUCUCGUCUCCCCGGCAGACGCUCGAAGCCUCUGAAUCGCGCCCGGGUCGGGAAGAGAGACUGCCCGGUGGGUCAGGCCCUCCGCUGCGAGCGGGGCUUCUGCGGCCGCCCGAAUCCCGCAACGCGCAGCUCGGGGACGCGCGGCGCCCACGGAGCAGCCAACUCCGCCUCCAGGGAGUCUCCAAGGGCUCCGCGCUCCCGGCGAACGCCAGCAUCACCGUGCACCGUCGUCCCCACCCACGGACCGGCAGGCGUCCUGAGCAAAAAAUGCCGAUUCCAGGCAGGGGUUGGAACCCAGACGUCUGCUCCCGGGACAGGAGGGGCCUCCCCGAGCGUGGGUUCCCGGUUUUUGCCCCGCGGCCGGCUUCGAACUCCAAAGGCACUCCGGGUAGCCCUCGGGCAGUGGAGCGCCUCAGUUCCCCUUGGUCCCUUUGUCUGGAAUAAAAAGAUAUUGGGGGUGGGUCCCACAUAAUUUCCCCGUCCUCCCUCUUUGCCUUUUCACGCCACGAACCUUUCUCCCUGUGUAUUAGGUCAGCCUCGAAGGCAGAGGCAAACUAAGUUGGGCUUCUUUGACUCCACCAACCAGAGAUGUAUGUGUAUUAUAU